GCGUUCACGUGGUCGAACGAAAUAGAUAACCCGAUUCCUAGUUAUUUUUUAAGAAGAACCUCUACUAUUGGUGGAAAUGGCGGAUUAACAGGUCGCGUUGUUCGUAACGUCCUUCAAACGUUCCUAUCGAUUCUGAGAGUGUACGGAGAGACCAAACGUAUAAUACGAUGUUCACCGUUGAAACAUGUUAGUUCGUCGGUAACAGUGCUUGACCGGUUAUCGCUGAAUAACUGGCGUAACAUUUGCUAUCGUCGGGACAAGAAUAUAUAUAUAUAUAUAUCCGCCUUUUUAUUUUGUUUUUUUUUCUUUCAAUUGGAUCCUUAAAAUCAUUUCGAAAAAUGUCAGAUGACGAGGGAAAAUCGUGGUGUCACUCGCGUCAGAACUGUGUUGUGCAACCACUUCUGACAGAUUUGUAUCAGAUUACAAUGGCGUAUGCUUAUUGGAAAAGCGGAAAAAUGAACGAUCAUGCUGUAUUUGAUCUAUAUUUUCGUAAAAAUCCAUUUCAAGGAGAAUUUACUAUCUUUGCUGGGUUGGAAGAGUGCAUUAAGUUUUUGGAAAAAUUUCGUUAUUCUUCUAGCGAUAUCGAAUACUUGAAAUCAACGAUGCCAUUGUCGGUUGAUCAAAGGUUUUUUGAAUACUUGAAAGACCUCACCCCGAAAGAUGUUACGAUAUAUGCCAUGGAGGAAGGUUCAGUUGUCUUUCCUCGAAUACCAUUACUAAGAGUAGAAGGUCCAUUAAUAAUGGUACAACUUUUGGAAACAACACUGUUAACCUUAGUUAACUAUGCAAGUUUAAUGGCAACUAACGCAGCCAGAUACCGUAUGGUUGCUGGGAAGAAUAUAACAUUGUUAGAAUUUGGCCUUCGAAGAGCUCAGGGUCCUGAUGGUGGAUUGAGUGCAUCUAAAUAUAGUUAUAUUGGCGGUUUUGAUGGCACUAGUAAUGUACUAGCAGGAAAGCUUUAUAAUAUUCCUGUAAGCGGAACACACGCACACGCAUACAUUACAUCUUUUACUGGACUCGAUGAUUUGCAAGAAAAAACGUUAGCACAUAAAGAAACAGGAGAGGUUUACGAUCUUCUAGACAUAGCGUGCAAACAUCGAGACUCCAUUGCGGCUGACGUAGGAACACUAGUUUCUGAGGCUUCUAGUGGAGAAUUAGCUGCUUUGAUUAGUUAUGCUAUUGCUUUCCCGCAACGAUUUGUCGCUCUUGUAGACACAUAUGACGUGAAAAGUAUCGAAGCCUCGGCCAAGAGACAGGCAUGUAUAGCCAGCCUAAAUGUAAAGAAUAAAAGUCUAACAAAUGGGUCCAAUACACAUGCCCAAAAUGGCGUCAGAAACAAUCCAAUUAUAUCAGAAUCGACUUCGCAUCACAAGAAUGGCUUUUUAAGACGAGGCGAAUUGGGUGAGCUCUAUGUGAGGAGUGGUCUUCUAAACUUCUGUGCCGUGGCAUUAGCUUUAAAUGAUUUGGGUUAUAAAUCCAUUGGUAUACGAAUAGAUAGCGGUGAUUUGGCAUACUUAAGUAAUGCCGCGAGAGACAUUUUUGAAAGAAUUGCUUCCAAAUAUAACAUACCUUGGUUUGCAAAAUUGAUGAUUUGCGCAUCAAAUGAUAUCAACGAAGAAACUAUUCUAAGUUUAAACGAACAGAGCCAUAAGAUUGAUUGUUUUGGGAUUGGAACACAUCUGGUGACAUGUCAAAGACAGCCAGCGUUAGGUUGUGUUUAUAAAAUGGUUGAGGUUAAUGGUCAACCCAGAAUUAAGCUCAGCCAAGAAGUUGGUAAAGUAACGAUACCAGGAAAAAAAGAUGCUUUCAGAUUAUAUGGUGCAGAUGGGUAUGCUUUAAUUGAUCUUUUACAAAGAUCGACAGAAGAAAUUCCCCAAGUAAAACAGAAAGUUCUUUGUAGACAUCCAUUUCAGGAGUCAAAGAGAGCUUAUGUUAUACCGACACGAGUGGAGUCGUUACAUAAGGUAUAUUGGAAAAAUGGAAAAUUAUGUCAACCGCUACCAACAUUGCAUGAAAUAAAAAACAGAGUUCAGGAAUCUUUAAAAACACUUAGAAAUGAUCAUAAAAGAAAUUUGAAUCCUACACCGUACAAGGUGGCUGUUAGCGAUGAUUUAUAUAAUUUCAUACACGAUUUGUGGCUGCAAAAUGCACCGAUCGGUGAACUUUCGUGAAGCUAUGACUAAGUCAUCGUUGCUAACUGGUUAGAACAAAAACCAUAGUUGUUACAAGAACAAUAGACCGUGCUUUCAAAUGGCCUACACAUCAGAUUAAAUGAGGGUUCCAGACAUUUUUCUUUUACACUCUUUGGAAAACCUCUAUUUCUAUAAGCAUAGUUUGAUUACAGUAGUAUAUUUUGAUAACGAAUCAUCCUACAAUAUGUUUACAUAAUUUUAUAAACAUAGCACGGAUUAUCUUUAAGAAAUAGUACAAUCUCUAAGCAGUACUCUCAAUCUGCAGUAACAUACAAAACGGGUACACAUAAAUUAGCGAUGCACAAUUUAAAUAGAAAUAGUUUUACGUAUAAUUAAACAGAAAAGGUAACGAAAUCGUUAAUGUAAAUUAAAUGUAAAUAAUCGUCAAUAUCUUUUAAACAUUUGUAACAAAACGUUUGUGAAUGAUCUUUUUUGAAUUUUAUAGUUUAAAUAAGUUAUGUUUUUUUUAGAGAAAAUAAAAAAUUAUACAAAAAAACAAUUUUGUAAAAUAGACACUCAGACAGAUAAAAAAAAAUCUAAUGGUCUAAAUGCCGUAAAAUUGAUUGAACCUUAUUACUAAGAUUAUCUUUAUCUUGAACAUGUUUAUAUAUAAUUUAAUCUUGAUUUUGUAUUAUGUUAUUAUAAUAAAGUAUACUUUAGAA